AUGGCUGCUACCGAACAACCUUACGACCCUUAUAUCCCUUCCGGCUCUGCUGGAGCCCCGGCUGGUGGACAGAAUGGCAACCAGCGAACUGCCGCUUUGCAAGCACAAAUCGACGAUACCGUCGGUGUGAUGCGCGAAAACAUCAACAAGGUCUCCCAGCGUGGUGAGAACUUGGAUUCUCUCCAGGACAAGACCGACAACCUCGCCGUCUCAGCCCAGGGCUUCCGCCGGGGCGCCAAUCGCGUGCGCAAAGAUAUGUGGUGGAAGGACAUGAAGAUGCGCGUGUGCCUUGUCAUCUGCGUGAUUGUCCUUCUCAUUGUCAUCAUUGUGCCGACCGUGGUUGCCGUCAAGCACUAA